UUUUAGUCUACUGUAACUCCUAUAGUUUUCAUUAGUUAGAGUGUUUCAGAUUGUAGCUUUAAAGUGCCUAGAAAAGUCAGUAUUAUUUAAUGCUAAGUAUAGUCAACUAAUGCUAAUGUAAUACUAUUAGUAGACUACACUAAAUUAAUAUUUGCCAUGUCCAUAUCCUAAAAAGUUGUCCAGAUAUCGUGUUAACUUCAUAAACAAGUACAUAGUGGUUGGAGUAUAUUUUUUUAAAAUACUAGGAUAUUUGGUUUAUUGGAUCUUUAAUGUGUGAUUUGACAGCUAUAGAUCAGAUAUUCAUGAUUGCUUAAUGCAGCUUUUUGAAUCAUGGCCUGGAAAAUAAUCUUAAAGAUCAUUUGAAAAUCUUAAGAUGUCAGGGAUUUUUCCAGUAGUGCCCACAUGUCAUUUUGCCAUAAUUGUGUAGAUAGCUAGACUGUGUUUAAAUAUGUGUAAAUACUGCAUUGGCACUUGUUAUGAGAUAAUUAAUGUAGGCAUCCAGUUAAAUGGUAAAUGUCACCACAUGGGACAAAAUCAUUUCUGGAAUUUUAAGAAAUGGUUGUCAUCAACUGUGGAGAGCUUUAUGUUUUGGGGUUAACAAUGUUAUCUCUUACUUGGAUGUUUUAUAAUACCAAUACCAAUCUUUAACAGUAUUUGAAGUCAGGCAUUAAAAAUGUUUGUGAGUACUUCUCAACAUCUAUGAAAUCAGUUUUUCUGAGAACAUGCAACAUUUGUGUUUCUAGAGCCCAGACAACAUCUACAAGUGGUGAAAAUAUAUUUUCAUAUUUGAUUUAUUUUAUCAUGUUUUCAUAUAAUUAAACCUCUUCAGUUGCUUUCAUACAUGGAAAAAUUUGUAGAUUCUAGUUUGAAUCUGAGUCUAGACACACACAAAAUGUGUAGUUCCAAAUGCAUGGAGUGGGGAGGUAACAAUGCACAUGGUAAAUUAAAUGUUUGACAGUGCAAUGAAGUACUGUUUUAUCACAUUGCAGCUAGCAGCCAUACUUCCUAUAAUGUCAUGGGCAAUGAUCUUUUAAUUUCAUGUUGAAAUGUGUGUAGUGCCUUAUCUGGAGCCUUAGUACAGGUAACUGUAGGUUUGUGAGAAUAGGAUUGAAAGAGCAAGUUACAAGCGGCUUGAAGUUGUACUGAUGUACAACUGUUAAAAUAUUCCUAGCAAUUUAUUCAGAAGAUCAAAAAUAUUGCCUUUAAGAAAUUUAUGUUGUACCUCCAGGUAUCACUCCUCACCUAAUGAUUAAUUUCACCUCUCUGCAUUCUGUCCUCCAUUCCAGAAUGGGAUAAAAACCUACCCUUUCACCCUAUACCCAGAGUACAUGAAUGUUAAAUGUUUGCCUCCAAAGGAAGGUAAAAAUGCAGGAAGGAACUGCUUCUUUUCAACCCAGAAAUUGGUUGGGGAAAUUCCAACACCUUGAGUUAAAUUCUGCUUGCUGAUCUUUAAUUCCAUAAUUACUAAUGUAGUCUAUAAACCUGGGACAGUAACAGAAGGAAGCAUAUAAACUGCAAGGGAGAUAUAUUAGGAAUAAGAGAAAGUGCAUUAAAUGUUUUUAGUAAGCUUCUCCGAAAGCUUCAUGUGUACAAGAUAAGCUAUCACUAUCUGAAUGUAGAAUUCAACAGAGUUAAAUGCCAUGGAUGCCAAGAUAAACCUAUUGUAAAAAAAUUCAGGGAAGGAACAUUUUCUGUCCUCUUCUUCUCUGCAUCCAAUCUAAUGGUGUUCAGAAAGGCUGCCAGCCCUCUAGAGAUUGGAGAGGAAAAUUUGAGAUUUGGGAGAUUGAAAGGGGGAAGAGGGUUCUUUCCUUCUGUCACCUUUAGGAACAUCCCAGAUAUAAAAUGAAAAUGGUUCAAUAUCUGCUAGAAUUUAAUUUGAAAGUCUGUAGGUCUUUCUCACUUUUCAUCUUAAUACAAACCAAAUGCAAACUCCAUAGCUUUUACAUCAAUCCCUCUCCUUCUUUUUCUUUAUUUGCUGUCUUGCCUAAUGACACCGCACAAACCCUGGCAAUAACCUGUGGUGGAUUAGUUUCAUGAGAGCAACUCACAACAUGCCUAACAGAAGAUUGGGCUUACUGUGCAUUUUCACCUGCACUCAUUAGUCCACCAUUAGUCCACCAGCAAGCAUCCUAUGGGUUGUUGUGGCUUAAGCUGCUCUUCCCACAUUGACUGGGAACCAUUUUGCUUUGUCUUAACAGCUGUCAAAGGGUGAGUUGUCAAUUCAAAGACUGAAUUGAUCUUUGCUCACAAAAAGGACUAGAGGGAUUUAUGCCCCCUUUGACACUGAGAUCCUCAGGAAUUUUGUGCUCUCCUGAUAGGUUUCACUUCCUCUCAACCUUUCCACCCAUUCCCAUGUUUAUGUGUGCUCAGAAAGAUGGCAAACUGAGUCCAUCCCCUUGGAAGUCUGACAGUUAUGCUGAAAUAAUGUUAGAGAAUUAAAUUAUUAAUAAACUUCCCAGUCUGUCAUGUCUUCAAUUCUGGACCUUCAGUAAUAUGAAUCUGUAGGCCACACUAAAGAGUUGGAGUGAAAGCUAUGUGGGUUGAAUCCAGUGUUCUAGCUGGAAUAGACUUACUGAACUUAAAAUUCAGUUAACACUGGAUAUACUGUUGCUUCAUCACAUUCAAUUUUAACUCUAUAAUUAAUGUUAUCAUAACUGUGAAACUUUUUCCCUUUUUUAUUUCACAGAUUAUAAAAGAAGAAAGAGAUGAAAUAUACAUAGUGGAAUUACAUUUGCAAACCAAAAGAAGAAAUAUGAUUUAUUUCCUAUACUGAAAAGGAAGAAUCAACAUGAAAGAGACUGAAUAUAAUAUUAACUAAGAAGUCCUGCUUUUGUAAUAGAAAGCUGUAAUAGUAUUUAAAAAUCCUCUUCAAAAGAGUGAUUUGCACUAAUAAACUAAAAAGUGAAGUGAGAUACUAUGAAGAUUGUGAAAGUAUUUUUAAGUUUUUAGUAUGUUUUAACUUAAUUUAGUCACUAGAACCGCUGCAUUUUUCACGUUUUAUUUUGUCUUCGAUAUAUUUUUAAAUUUUUUCUCAAACAGAAUAAAACAGAAACAAUAUUAGCUUGGUAUAAUUUCAAGCAUCAGACAUUUUUCUCAACGCAUUAUUGGAACUCUUUUAAAGGCAAUUGUCAGAAUUAUUUGCCUUGCUCUGCUCAGAAUUCUUGGAAUUUACUUCAUAAAUAAAACGUGUGUCCUGAAUAAUGGCAUGGGUAAAAUUCCUGAGGAAACCUGGAGGAAAUCUUGGAAAAGGUUAUCAACCUGGAAGUGUGAUGUCUUUGGCUCCUACCAAAGGCUUGUUAAAUGAACCAGGACAAAACAGUUGCUUUCUUAACAGUGCUGUACAGGUUUUAUGGCAACUUGACAUAUUCCGACGGAGUUUAAGAGGUCUAACGGGACAUGUUUGUCAGGGUGAUGCCUGCAUAUUCUGUGCUUUAAAGACAAUAUUUGCACAAUUCCAGCACAGUCGAGAAAAAGCACUCCCAUCAAAUAAUAUGAGGCAUGCUUUAGCUGAAAGCUUUAAAGAUGAACAGCGAUUUCAACUUGGCUUCAUGGAUGAUGCAGCUGAAUGUUUUGAAAAUAUCCUUGAGAGGAUUCACUAUCACAUAGUGCCAAGCAAUGAAACAGAUAUGUGCACUUCUAAAUCCUGCAUCACUCAUCAGAAGUUUGCAAUGACGUUAUAUGAACAGUGUGUAUGUCGCAGUUGUGGGGCAUCUUCAGAUCCUUUGCCUUUCACAGAAUUUGUGCGCUAUAUUUCAACAACAGCCCUAUGCAAUGAAGUUGAUAGAAUGUUGGAAAGGCAUGAGCGACUCAAGCCUGAAAUGUUUGCAGAACUGCUUCAGGCUGCAAAUACUACUGAUGACUUUAGGAACUGCCCUAGUAACUGUGGCCAAAAAAUAAAAAUCCGUCGUGUUCUAAUGAAUUGUCCUGAAAUCGUCACAAUUGGUUUAGUCUGGGAUUCAGAACAUUCUGACCUGACAGAAGAUGUUAUCCGGAAUCUGGCAACACAACUUUAUCUUCCAGGGCUGUUCUAUAGGGUUACUGAUGAACAUGCCAAAAAUAGUGAACUUUAUCUUGUGGGAAUGAUUUGCUACGCAAGCAAACAUUACUGUGCCUUUGCCUUUCAUACCAAGAGUUAUAAAUGGGUGUUGUUUGACGAUGCCAAUGUGAAAGAGGUUGGAACAAAAUGGAAAGAUGUGGUAUCUAAGUGUAUUCGUUGCCACUUUCAACCCUUACUGCUCUUUUAUGCAAACCCAGAUGGCACACCUGUAUCAACAGAAGAUGCACCUAGGCAGAUAAUUCAUUGGUCACAUUAUAAGGCGUCUGCAGGAUGUGGAGAAGAACUUGGAUUUGAAAAGUCUGCUUUUCCAAAGACUGACUUCACAAAAGAGAAUGGGUUUGGAGAAAUUGUUACUCAGAAGACCACUAAAAAAAAUCAGCCUGAAAACCCAGCCUUUAGUCGAAACCAUUUUUAUACUAGUGGUGCCAGAAGCUCAGGUAAAUUGGGACAUAAUGAACAUAGGGAAAAGGCAAAGGACAUUUCCAGAGAGUGUGCUCAGAAGGUAGCAGAGAUGAAAAAUUUGUCCUCCCUAAGAAAAGAUGCAGACAGAGGAUCAAAGAGAGAAUCUGGAAAACAGAAAGAUCUGUCUGGAGAAAUCCAUGCUAAUUUUAAGCCAGGAUCACCACCUUCUGGAAAUGGAUUUAGGCAACAUUCAAAUGAACGUGUAUAUAGUAGUCAGGGCAGAGGUCCUUACAAACAUGAAAAAAUACACAACCCAAUUAGAACUACCACACAGAUGUUGAGCUCAAAUAAAACGGAUGGCUUUUCUGAUGGAGAAAAGAUGAGCCGCAUAAAGGCUGACAGCAUCACUGGUUAUGAUACAGACAGUAGCCAAGACUCCAAAGAUAAAGGAAGUGUCAGUAGCAGCAGCAAAAGUCGAAGCAGAGGCUGGAGACCCAUGCGAGAAACAUUAAAUGUAGAUAGUAUCUUUAGUGAGCCAGAAAAAAAGGAACAUAGUUCAAAGCCCAAACUAAAUGCAAGCAAUAAACCUAAACUUGAAAAGGAACACAGUUCAAACAACCGGCCAAAAGAAAAUCCAAGUCCAAAAGGCUUGAUGACUAUUUAUGAAGAUGAAACCAAACAGGCAGGACACCGGAGUUCCUUAGAUUCUGAAAGAAAAGGAAAUGCAGAAAAAGGCAAAGGAAUUACAGAGAGAAAAGUUCAUUCUGACACCUGGCAGAUACAAAGAACUGAAUCUGGUUACGAAAGCAGUGAUCAUAUUAGCAAUGCCUCUGCUAAUCUGGAUUCACCUGUCAUCGAAGGAACCAGCCCAGUUGACACUACCAUUAAAGUAACUGUCUCCUGCAGUGACCAAAAUCUGUCAUCCAGAUAUCCUGGGUGUGUCUUGCAGUCUACCUCCCAGCAGAACAAAAAUUCUUUGGAUGCCUUGAAGAAAGAACAGGUGAACACCCAUAUUAACUACAGACCUCAUAACGUACUGCCAGCAUCUCAUCUGCCAAUGCACAGUCCACCAUUGAAAAGGACUGAAGUACCUGACUGCAAUAAGUUUUUGCCAUUAACACAACAGGCUGCUUCAAAAGACCACACUGAGAAAGAAAUGAAGAACAGCGCAUUAACUGAGCAAAGCUCUGUGCGGUGCCCUAAUGAAGAUACACUUGGUGAAACAAACAUACCAAUGCACAGUGCUGACAGUUCAGUUGGUUCUUAUAAUGGUGAGAAUGUAAUCAUGCCUGAAAGGUUUCAGAACAACAGUGAAUUAUCUUCCCAUUUGCAGUCACCUCACAUGAAGCCAGUUAGAUCUAAACCAGCACUUGCAUUUUUCUUACAACAGAAUAUAUCCAAACCUUCCUAUAAUGAACCAGCUUCAUCUGCUGAGCAUAAAGUUCACUUGUAUAGUGGCAAGACUGAUGAUACACCAGAAGCAAUUUACCAAAAUCUUCCUCCUCCUCUACCACCAAAGAAACAUGUUCUGACUAGAUUGCAUGGAUUAGAACAUGAAUCCACUGUGGAGUUAAAACAAACAGAAGUGAUGUGCACAAAUCCUUCAAAUACCGACAGGCAAGUUGCAAGUUUUACUUCAAAAGCUACACCUGAAGCAAAUCCAUAUACAGAUGAUGAAAGACUUAAAGCAUCAUUUCAUGGAAAUGAGCCCUCCAAGACAGAUUUUUCAUCAAGUUUAUCAGUAAAUGAUUCAUGGGCUGUAUCCAAUACUCCUACAAAUAAGGGGGCAUGUCUCAAAGGACCAAAUGCUAGCUCUCUUGAUGGAAAUGCAAAUGAUAUUGUAUCGCUUACUACUUAUUUUUCAGUUGACAACUGUAUGACUGAUACAUAUAGGAUGAAAUACCACCAGAGACCCAAACUGUAUUUUGCUGAUACUGGUGUGUUAAACAAAGAAACCGCUUUACCACCAACUGGAACUAUGCUGAAUACUUCAUACCAUAAUACUUCUGAAUCGGAUUAUCCCACAGCUGAGCAGAGACAUAAACUUAACAUUGGAAACAUGUAUUGCAGUAGGUAAAAGGGGGGUGUCAUGUAUGAACAUAAAUUUUUGGCACACCAACCUGAUGUGAUUUCUGUAACUCAAAAAUAGUUUUUAGAUGAUACAGCUGUUGAGCUGUAUUUUGCACAUGAAUUUGUGAUCAAGAAACAGUCAAAGACUUGUUGAGCUGUCAUUUUUAUACUUUAAAAAUAUUUGCACCCAUUAUAAGCUAAUGCAAAAUUCAGACAGAAUUGUUACACUUUUAAAACAGCUUGCUUUUUGCAACUAAUGCUGCUUCUUUUUAAAUGACUUGACUCCAAACAUCUUCUCAAGAUAAUGUGUACAGAUUGCUAGGAAAUACUAUCUUUUGGUCCUGAACUCGGUUUUUUGAAUUUAUUAGUUUCUAAUCUAUGUUUUAGGGCACUUUCUUUACAUUACAUUCUAGUCAUGUAUCUAUCAUUUAAUCUUAAAGCAACAUUUUGUUUACACAGUUUGAAAUGUUUAAGUGUGGGUAUUUAUAUUUAAUGUGAGUGUUCUCUGACAUACAGUAAUAUUCCACAGUUUGAGGAAUGCUGAGGCACGGGGCUGGAAUCCAUCCAUAACUUUAUAUGGCUUAAUGAACCAUGAUGAAAUGUUGUAAGGAUUAUUCUAUUUUUACAUUUAGAAACAUACAGCCAAAGGAUACAUGCAAUAGCAAAGUAGUAUAGUCUUCAUAGGGGCCUGUAACACCAAAGGGAUUACUUGGGAGUUUUUGUCCCCAUAUGAAAGUUGUUAAAUUCUGUGUGAGGGGAGUUUUUACAAGGGGUGUGAAUUGUUUCCCUCUCUGGAGGCACUUCUUAAAAACUCUUCAUGUAAAACUGAACAGCUACAGUCCCACAUGAACUUACUAUCUCAUGAGAGCAUGUAUAAUUCUUUCUUUAGCAUACAUAAGCUAAGGGAAAUAUAUUUGUGCAAGGUAGACAUACAUGGACUGCAUGCCACCUCUGACUUUUAAGUCCACUUUUCCAAAUCUGUAUAGCUCUGUGGUGUCAAUAUUUAGUUAGGUACUUGCCUAUGAGCUGGUUACUUCCAGGGCAAAAAUCUUCACAGGCCUUACGUUGUGCUCAAUUAUCAGAGUAUGAAAGAAAUUAUUCCUUUAAACAUUUUAAAGUAGUGGCUCUGAGAAAUAAUUCUAUCUAGAAUCCCUUGCAAGAUUGUGAAAAGUGAAGUGCAUUUAAUGGGGAGUGUAGACUAGAUUUUCCCUUUCUAUUCAGGUAUUCUUAAUAAAAAUUUGCAGUAGUUGAUACUACUGCUUUGCCUUCUUAAACUAGUCAAAUUGAGAUGUUUAUGGUUGUAGUCUCACAUUAAAACUUCUAUUUUAGUCUGACUUGGAUUCCUUUAAGUACUGGAUUGAUAUGCUGGUAUCAAACUAUGUGCAGGAUGGUAUCUUUAAUCAGAAAAAUGCUAUGGAAGUAGAUUUUAUAGUAAUCAGAAAUUAAUAAUUUAUUCAAGUUCCCUCAGCCAUUUAUUUUCAAUUUCUGAAAACAUCCAGCUGUUUUUAAUAUUUGAAAUGAUGCCUUAAUGGGUGGCUUAGAGUUUAUUUUAAUAUAUAAAAUGGUAGCUAGGGUUUCAAAUAGCAAUAGUUGAUGUUCCACACACCCUACUUUAAAUAUUGCAGAUUGUGUAUAGCAGUUGUAUGUAGUAGACACCAUUUAUGAUUAUACUUGUGCUACAGGAAAAAAUCAUCAUCAUGAAUUGUAAAAUAUAUUUUUAUAUUAACUUUUCUGUGAAAAAACAGUACUUAAAUCUGCUUGUAUGGAAAAAAUGAUUUGGUUUUCCUAAAACUCCUUGAUAGGCACAGGAAAAAUAUUCCUUAGGAGGUCUUGUCAUGGGAUCACUUAACUGGUCUUGAAGCAAUUCUGCUUUGGUUUAGAUGAUUUCCCAUCUAGGUGUUGGGAAAAAAAUAAUUAUAUGGCACAAUCCUGUUUUUAAAACCCUUUUGUUAAGCGUUUGGACUAAAGUAAGGCCUACAAAGAUCCUGAGAAAAAUGCCUUUUAUUGUUAAGCCUAGUAAUAAGUUGCUAUAUUUUAAAAUAAUCAAAUGCUUGUACUGUAGUCAAAUACAGAAUGCAGGUUUGUGCAUUUAACCAAAUGGUGACAAUCAGCUUUGGGCUUAUUCAAGACAUAACUUUGUCCCAAAAUUCUACCUAGCCCAAAACUUGGGAGCUUGCUUGGGCUGCAUGGGGAGAAAGUAAUGACUUAAUUGGGAGACCUCACAUUUAGUUGAAAGAGGAAUGUUUCUGACUUAGUCAUAUGCUGUAUAGAUUUAUAGGGAUGAAGUGAUGUCUGAAUAGGCCUCUUGAGUUUACAUUGAGAGUGUCUUAACCGCAAAUGUAACCUAAGAUUUGUUACUUAAUGUUAUGCAGCAGACCAAAUAUUUUACAGCAGUUCUUAACAUCCUGUCGCUUCCUUUUCAUCUUUCCUUCUCAGUAGUGCUUCAGAGUAUUUCUACAGAAAUAUUGCUUUAUUGAAAGCAUGUACAUGUAAUAUUUAUUGACUGCAAGUGAAAUUGAACCUUUUUCCUUUGAUAUAAGACAAAAGGAACUUCAUCUAAAAGCAACUGUAUAAAGUUGUUUCUAAUAACUCAUUUCUCAUACACAGAUGAUGUGUAAUAGUAUAAAGCCUUCAUGAAUAGAAAUGGAUUUGUAACAAGUACUGGAAUCUUUAAGUAUAUAACUGAAAGCUCUAACUGAAAUUAUGUAUCUGAAUUUGCAGUAUUUAUGUAAACUAAUGUGAAUGACCUGCUGUAAAAGCAUUAUUACAUUUUAAAAAUGUGCAUAGCAAAUGUUCACUUUCUGUACAAAUGAGAAAUGUUUAACUUGUACAUUUAUUUUUAGUGCUAAUAAGCACAAAUAGUAAACUUUUAUUCUGUUUAUUAGAAAAUUGUUGAAUAGUAUCAUACAUUCUGAAAUGCAUAUAUACUUUAAAGGA